UAAGUUGGCCAUACUUUUAUGUAUAUCAAUUACAUCUAUUAAUAAGGAUCGGAGACUUGCGUCACUGCCCGAUCAAAUGGGUCUGUCGUUAUUUCAUUUUAUGAGCGGAACAAUUAAAUAAAUGGCGUCUUUAAAAAUCAGUAUACUAGUAUUUUUAUUAUUACUUUAUGGGAUUUGUGCAGAUAAUUCGUUUUACGUCUCAUCAAAGACGAGUUUUGGUAAGGAAGACGCCAUCUUUGCCGAGAAAGUAGUUCCAAACAAAUCAACGAAAUCGAGAAAUAAACGUGCUGAUUGUCUUGGCAACUGGAUUUUUAAUUCGGAAUGCAGCUGUAGUCAUUCUCUUUGCUCAGAACAAUCCAUUCGCGACGCUGUUACCACUGUGUGCACCACUCAGACCUGUUAUCUGUCUUCUCAACAGUCUGCUGUUUGGACAACCAUAAAGCCUGAUGAAAGUUUGCUUAGCGUGCAGUGUCAGCCUGAACAAUGUUACGACACUGAUGUUGGAUACACAUGUACAUGCCAAAAAAGAUAUGAAGAUAGUGAUUUGCAUGUAUACCUUCCCGCAACUAUUGUACCUGUUGUUGGAGUAUCACUUGCCAUACUGUGUGCUUGCAUUUAUUAUCGGCAAUAUAGAAAGAAACAACAAUUUGACAUUGCAAAGCAAUGUAUAACAAUUAAGUGUAACGUUCUUUUUAUCGUCGACGCUAAGGACGAAUUAAAAAGAUAUACAGAACAGUUGAUGGUUGCUCUAAGAGUGACAGUUAAAAUAUAAUAGUGAAACGAAUAGACAUGUUCGACCUCUACAGCGGGAAGUACAGAGUAAAGUGCGAUAAAUCAAUAUUCAUUCUAAACAAAGAACACGAGUCUUUAGAACUUUGUUUUGAGACUGUCUUAAGUAAAAUAAGAUUUCGAAAACAGCGAAAAACAUCCAUAGUAAUAUGUCACGCAGUUGACAAGGCUCAGGCUGACGGCCAACACUUACGAAAUAAUGUGUCUACUGAAAUAAGUAAAAAUGACAAAGACCUUUGCUGGGUGUCUGAAAUUAAAAAAACUGGACGAUUGGAUACCUUGUAUUAUAAAGACGAUCUUCCACGUAAGGUUUCAGUCAAAUUCAAACAGCAACAAUUAUUUUAUAAAACGAAAAAUAGACGGUAGUGGGGAAAGAACAGUUAGUUCUAUCAAUGUUUUGUCGGAAAUGCUAGACGUAAUUUUAUCAUCAAGUGGAGCUGUUAAAAGUUCAUCUUUUGACAAUGCUACAUGUAGAAUUAUUGUUGUAGAAGAUUUUGAGAAAAUUAAAGACCAGACAAACACACCGGAACUACAAGGAUGUCAUGUAUUUUCAGUAAUGAAUUCACUACUAUCAGCUGAUGUCGAAAUGAAUUCAAGCAAUAUUUAUUUUAGAGAACAUAUUAUCACUGGAGUAUUGAAUGUGCUUUUAGAGAUGAGCCUUAUCACGUGUAAAAGACCAAAGCGAAAGAAAAACGUGUCGCAUAUGGAAGUUUAGAGAAAUUGACGAACACCUUGAUAACAACUAAUAGCCAACAAUAAUUUCCCGCGUACAAAGAUAAACAACAGUAUAUCUUCUGAUAUUGCCUAGAUUUUAAACUGUUUUCAUUGUACUACAUACUGUGUAUGCCACUAAAGAUUAAUUUGUUCAUAAUAUGUUA